UCCCCUGGGUUCAACUGAACCACAGUACUGACUGGUCCCCUGGGUUCAACUGAACCACAGUACUGACUGGUCCCCUGGGUUCAACUGAACCACAGUACUGACUGGGUUCCCGUGUUCAACUGAACCACAGUACUGACUGGGUUCCCGUGUUCAACUGAACCACGGUACUGACUGGUCCCCUGGGUUCAACUGAACCACGGUACUGACUGGUCCCCUGGGUUCAACUGAACCACAGUACUGACUGGGUUCCCGUGUUCAACUGAACCACGGUACUGACUGGUCCCCUGGGUUCAACUGAACCACGGUACUGACUGGUCCCCUGGGUUCAACUGAACCACGGUACUGACUGGGUUCCCGUGUUCAACUGAACCACAGUACUGACUGGGUUCCCGUGUUCAACUGAACCACGGUACUGACUGGGUUCCCGUGUUCAACUGAACCACGGUACUGACUGGUCCCCUGGGUUCAACUGAACCACAGUACUGACUGGUCCCCUGGGUUCAACUGAACCACGGUACUGACUGGGUUCCCGUGUUCAACUGAACCACAGUACUGACUGGUCCCCUGGGUUCAACUGAACCACAGUACUGACUGGUCCCCUGGGUUCAACUGAACCACAGUACUGACUGGGUUCCCGUGUUCAACUGAACCACAGUACUGACUGGUCCCCUGGGUUCAACUGAACCACGGUACUGACUGGUCCCCUGGGUUCAACUGAACCACAGUACUGACUGGUCCCCUGGGUUCAACUGAACCACGGUACUGACUGGUCCCCUGGGUUCAACUGAACCACAGUACUGACUGGUCCCCUGGGUUCAACUGAACCUCUGUCUGGUUUCUCCCAACUGGACCACCAGACCAGGCCAGGACCAACUGCCUUCUACCCUCAGGUAGUGCUGGGGCCCUGAGAGGAAGUAGUGCUGUGUUCUGAUUGGAGGACCCCUUCAUGGGCUGCAUCCCGUGCUGACACACAGGAGGGACUGGAGGAAUUCUGUUGAAUGCGGUUGCUGCAGCUGUCCAGAAGGCUGUCCAGAAGGCUGUCCAGAAGGCUGUCCAGAAGGCUAGCUCACAGAGGGAAAUGAUUCCGCAUGAAGCUGACGGACGGCUCUCCACCUCUCUCCACGACAACGCCGGGUGUGACUCGGGCUGCUCUCACGGCAACGGCAGGUGUGCCGCUCUCUGCUCUCUGCUGAGCCAGAGCCAGGCGUUGGACAGACGCUGAGCUACCCCUUCCCUCCCUCUCUACCUCCUACACCGUCCUACCUACCUACCUACCUACCCCCUCCAGUCUCCCAGUCUCCUGGUCCUACCCACCCACACAACCAGCAGGAGGGCCUCCUCUGUCAACGAGGAAAACCAGGCCAAGGAGAGAGAGAGAGAGAGAGAGAGAGAGAGAGAGAGAGAGAGAGAGAGAGAGAGAGCGCCAAAGAUGGGAAUGAAAGAGAAUGUGAACGAGGCAGAGACAUAAGAACUAGAGAGUUAGUGUGAAAAGAGAAACAGGCACACCUGUUGUUGCCGUGGGAGCAACGCGUGUCUAUGUGACAGAAAGUCUAGAGACAAAAGACAACAGUAUGAAGUCCAGCCAUGAGCGCAGCAACGAGUGUCUGCCCCCCAAGAAGAGAGAUUUCCCAGCCAGCACUGCAGAUGAGAGGCCCCUGUUGAUGGCGCCCGCCAGCGAGACCCAGCGAGGAGAGAACCUGACAUGGCUGGCCAGUGUAGCUGGCAGGCACAACAGAGACAUUAGUGGAGGUAACGGGGAUGGCGGUAGAGGUGGGCAGCGUACCAGCACUCCCUGUGAGUCUGACGUGCCCCAGUACAAACCACUAUGCUCCACCAUCACCACACACUCAGACUUCCUGGUCCCUUCCUCCAUCUGUUCCUCCUCUUCAUCACAUCAGUCCAGAGUGGUGACCACAUCGCUCCCUGCCAUGUACAGCAGCUCUCCUCUGUCCCCACCAGGGACCAUCCACUACACCCAGCUUCCCCACAACCUUCAGUUCAUCAGUUCCCCUUACCCAGGCCCCUACGCUGGCUACCUCUCCUCCCAGCCCCCCCCUCUACCCACCUCCACAUCCCAACGCUCCCACCCUGACCCCUACCCCAACACCACCAUCACCUCCAAGCUGAACCAGCACCACUCUGUGGGUCCAGGUCGCCCCCCACCCCAGUCCCUACCCCCAGGCCUGGCUGUAUCGGACACUGGCCCCCAGUACGUCCAGCUCUCUGGUUCCUCUCAGAACGUGGCCCCCCGGACUGCCCCCUUUCCCCACGGAGGGACCCACCACCUGCACCACAACCCCCACCACACCCUGGCCUUCAGCGGGGGCUCCCAGGUGCUGGUACAGUAUGCGGGCUCCGGCUCCGAGGAGCCCCUGACUAAGAGAGAGGAGGGCCGGCCCAGGGAACUGCACAACGGAGAGCUGGAGAAGAGAGGCCGCUUUGAGAGGAAGGAAAGCAAAGGAGCCCCAUCCUCAUCCUCCUCUUCUUCAUCCUCUUCCUCCCAUCACCAGCUCCACCAGCAGCAGAGCUCCCACCAUCACUAUGAGACCUAUACCUCCCAUGAUGCCUCAGGGCUACGGACCCCUCUCAUGCUCGUCCCUAACAGUCACGGAGGACAAGACCACCAGAGUCCCGAAAAACUACCCCUCUCCUCUGCCUUGCACCCAGAGAAAGGCAGCCUCCUCCUGGGUAAACCUGUGUACCGUACCUCCUCCUCCACGUUCACCUUCCCCCCUGCGCUCAACGUGGAUAGUCUUAAGGCAGCCGUCAGCUCCCUGUCCCCCCACACUCACACAGUCAUCCAGCCCACACACAACGCCAGCGAUGCAUCGCCCAUCUCCCUAGGCCAACUCUCCACCAACUUCUACCAGGCUGGCCCAGGUGGGCAGCCCAUCAUCGGCUAUCUGUCUGGGGGUGCAGGGGGGCAACAGUACCACACCAGUCUGUCCCAGCACCUGCUCAUCCCCGUCAGUGGGGCCGGGGUCACCAGCCUGGAGGCUGGCCAUACUGCCCACAUAGCCACCACAAGUCAACCACAGCCCUUCCCUGCCACACUCUCCCACGGCUAUGUCGCCACCACCACCACAACUAACCCCAGAGAGGAGCAUCUAUUUGAGGUCCCGGCCCCCUACCCUCCUCUGUCCUACCCUGCUGGGGCUGGGGGGAGCAUGGUCCAGGCCCAGCUACACCUCCCGGUGGUCCCAACCCCCCAGGCCCCCUCCUCAGCCACCUCCUCGGCCCCCUUGGGCUCCUCGCUGCCCGCCUACUUUAUCAAGGGCUCCAUCAUCCAGCUGGCGGACGGGGAGCUGAAGCAUGUGGAGGACCUGAAGACGGAGGACUUCAUCCAGAGCGCUGAGAUCAGCAGCGAGCUGAAGAUAGACUCGUCCACCGUGGAACGCAUCGACGACAGCCACACACCCAACUUCGCCAUCGUCCAGUUCUCCGUGGGUGAACACCACGCUCAGGUGAGUGUGGAGGUGCAGGUGGAGUAUCCCUUCUUCGUAUUCGGCCAGGGCUGGUCAUCGUGCUGCCCGGACCGGACCACUCAGCUGUUAGAACUACCCUGCACCAAGCUCUCAGUGGGGGACGUCUGUAUCUCCCUCACCCUGAAGAACCUGAGGAACGGCUCCCUGAAGAAGACCCAGCAGACCCAGUACCAGGCCAUGGAAAUCACUACUAGCUGCAACAUGGGCUCCAUCCACGGGCCCCUCAAACCCUCCAGGUCUUCCCGGGGUGGAAGGGGGUCAGGCAGGCACGGGGAGCAGGAGAACGGGGUGGGUCAUAGAGGCCCCAGUGGGGGAAUGGUGGUUGAAGGUGCUCAGUUCACCUCAGAGAAUGGGGAACUGAGGUUCGGCGUCGGGGGGGGGGCCAACUUGAAAGGAGGCCAGCCUGGAGAUUCAGAAUCCAGUAGGGGCGCCGCCAAGCCGGCGAGCCGCAAGAGGAGGUGGUCGGCCCCCGAGGGCCGUCAGGUGGAGAGGAGCGAGGAGGUGCCCCAGUUGACUCUACCCAAACCUUCCUUUAUCACUCAGGGGGUAAAAAUCAGCAUCGAAGGCAGGUCAAAUAUAGGCAAGUAGUGAAGGCAGGAGAUUAAAACAAGACUGUUAAUUCAAAUAAGGAUUGGAGGAGAGAUGGGGAAAAAAUAAAUGCCCUCGUAAAUGUUUUAUUUUAACGACUUUGUUUGAGAUUUUUUCUUGUUUAUAUUUUCUAUCCGGAUUACUGUAGGCUAAAUUUGACCCAUGUUAUCACCUUACAUUAAGUCCAUGUUAUAAUAACAUUGUAGUAGAUGCGUUCGGCAUUACGUAAACGAGCAAACGGUGCAAUUGCUUUGGGAUUUUUCAACAAAUCUCUGGGCAAGGGGUUUUGUGAAGUAUAGUACAUGUUUUAUUGGUGGGUUUGUGGCAAGAGCGCUGCUUGAUACCUCUCUGGUCAUUUGAUGGCUGCAGGUGGACAACUGAAUGAAACAUGUAAGUUAGCUUUCCUAUAGGGCCUAGGAGAUGACGAAGCUGCCAUAAUGUAUACCGGUGAGUGAUAUCACUUCCUGGUAGAGGGCGCUACUGACGAGAGUGUUCGGGAUGUCUGGACGGAAUCACUCUCCACGCCACCCGUUGCCGCGGUGGCAGACUGAGUUGAUAUGAUGUCAUCUAUCCCGAGCGACUCAAGACGUCUUUAGAUAAAACACAGUAAAAAAAAAAGGACUUUAACAAAUUCAAACCCUCGUGAAUAGAAGAGGAUGUGUAAUAACACCUUUAUGUGUCUCUGACAGAAGGUUAGAACUACACAUCUAAUCCUAAACAAGGGGUCACCAGAUGCCUCGACAGUCAUCCACCUAGACCACUCAGCUAGGUGAUGUCACCCAGCAGGGCCAGACCAGCCAGGCGAGGUCAUCAGGCCGCGCCACUGGGCCACCAUAAAAACUCUUCCUUCCUUUGUUAUGUUUGGGUGACAGUGGAGUCAUUUUGUUAUUAUUCUUGAUAAUGAUAUAUUUAAAUGAUUGUCUAAAAAUUUGAGGUCAGGGGUCACAUACUGUAUGUAUAAUUUGAUCCAGGGUGGUUAAGUAAAAUGUUUAUGUUAUUCCUUUAUACCCUACAUACAUUUACAUUCACACUGAGUUGAUGAACUAUGGGAUUCUUCAGAGGAAGAUGAUGUUGACUUGGUGCAACCUUUUCCUUUAAAUUUUUAUUGCAGAAAGAAAGAGCUUAUGUCUCAAAUGGUCUCCUAUACCCUAUAUAGUGCACUUAUUUUACUAAGGCUCCUAUCCUUAUGGGCCCUAGUCAAAAGUAGUGCACUGUAUAGGGAAUAGGGGCCAUUUGGAACGCAGUCAGGGAGUCACUGUUGAGUCUUUAGAGAGAGACAGCAUGUUGUCUUGAAGCACUUGCAUUUGCACACCUGUCACACUCCCCAACUGAUGAUAACACAACUAUUAUUAAUUAUUAUUGUUAUUGUUAUUGUUGGUCUCUCUUCAUUAACACAGUACUGUAUGUUUUUGUUAUUUUACCUUAAGGAAGAAGUAGAACUCUGUGACAGUAGGACUUUAGAACAGUGAAGGGGUCAUGAUGAUGUCAUAGAGGAAUGAUGAUGUCAUGGGGUCACAAAGUCACUUGACCUGACAGGGAUGAAUGUGACAGGUGAUGAAGCGAGUGCCAGUUAGGAGAGGGAAAGAAAGUGAGAAAGAAAACAGAGGAAUAUAGAGGACGAUAUGAAAGCAGAAUAGUGGGGUUUUUUUUUGUUAAGGCACUUUACUCCAAUCAGAACAUGCUCUUCAAAAUAUGGGUGUGGUCAAAAAAAAGACACAUAACUGCCUUUUCAAGGAAAUCAAAAAUGUCAAUCAAGUCCAAAAGGAGAUUGGACAAAGGAUGGGAAUAGGCAGGAACUAUGUACAGGUAUGUUGUGGACGAGACUGAGAGAGUUAUAGAUGCUCUGGACACAGAAUGUUUGACGUGUGUCACAUACAUAAUGUAUGUACGGGAAGUGUGCAUGAAUGUUGGUAUGUGUAAGGACACACACACCAGAGGAGGCUGGUGGGGGUAGCUAUAGGAGGACGUAUUCAUUGUCAUGGCUGGAAUGGUAUAGAUGGAACGGAGUCAAACACACUGUUUCCAGGUGUUUGAUGUGUUUGGUACCAUUGCAUUGAUUUCCAUUCCAGCCAUGACAAUGAGCCCGUCCUCCUAUAGCUCCUCCCACCAGCCUCCCUGACACACACUCACACAAACACACAGGGAAUACAGUACCUGCACAGACUCUCCUGAAGGUGAGGGAGGGCUGUAUGUAUUUCAGACUUGUGAUAUAUGUUUCAUGUGUAUCCAAAUACUCCUGUUGCAUAGAUGUUUCCCCUUCAUGAUAUAGAGAAGAGAAUAUAUUUGAGUAGGAAACUAAGACGAUAGUGAUUCUCAGUGGUGUGUGUGUGUGUGUGCGUGUGUGUGUGUGUGUGUGUGUGUGUGUGUGUGUGUGUGUGUGUGUGUGUGUGUGUGCGUGUGUGUGUGUGCAUGUGCGUGUGUGUGUGCGUGUGCAUGUGCGUGUGUGUGUGCGUGUGUGUGUGCGUGUGCAUGUGCGUGUGUGUGUGUGUGUGUGUGUGUGUGUGUGUGUGUGUGUGUGUUUGUAAAUGUGUAUAGAAAUAUCAUAUAAGUUAAUUUGAUAUAUCCCAUGUUAAAUGUCCAGGGUUCCUGUAUUUGGAGUUCUACUUAAGAGAAUCUUGCAAUUUGCACAUCUGGAGAGGUUGUCAGUUGGGUGACAUGACUUUUUGGUUGUGUCCGAAAUGGCGCCCUUUUAACCUACAUAGUGCACUGACCAAAAGUAGUGCACGAUAUAGGGAAUAUAAUGCCAUUUCAGAUACACCUAUGUUUUCAGCCAGGUUGCACACACAAACACACACACUCACACAAACACACAGUGAGCUGAAGCCAUAGAGAUAGGUAGAGGACUCGUCUUUGUAUCUGUGCCAUUAUAGUGUCUGUGACAGCCUCAAUGGCGCUGUCCAUGCUAUCUCCAAUUUAAAGUAGUCAUUUGUCGUCUUCACUAUUGGCUGGUCCCUCCUGAUGACCCAGUUGGACAUGACUCCAACAGGGUCACCAGGGGGAUCAUUCAAUGAAGCUGGAAGUCCCACCCAGUUGACUACAUUAAAAUGUUUGAAUCCCUCAAUGGCGCUACCCAUGCUAAUAUGACCUUUUGGCCAAUAGAGGCCUCUAUCAUUCUCUAUGGCUGAAACCCCAUUUUACUGAAAUGUAGCAGUUACUUAACAAGUGCGCUCCCUGCUGAUUGGCUCUGACAAUCUUGAGUCUGCUCCUCAUUGGACAACCACACACAUCUGUGGCACGUCCAAGUCCCACCCACUUGUUGGGGGUUUGGUUGAGAGACAGUGUGGAGGUAUGUCGGUCGGUCUUGGAGACGGGGGCGGGGCCACCAGCAGGUACACCUGUUGAGCUCUCUGAUUGAACUAGAUUUUCAGGUGUGUUUAGGUGGUAAAAGGUAUGGCAGAAUAGGAGAAGAAGGUAGAAGUUGCUUCUAGCCACUGGUGUAGGUUCAGAUGUUUAGUUCAUCCCCCUAAAGGUUCGUGUUAGGUGUGGGUGUAGGGGAAUCUGAUCCUAGAUCUGUGGUUAAGAGGAACUCCUACCUGGAGGGCGGGUGCAGGUGAUUGCCGUGGUGAUGGACAGAUGGAUGGAUGGUAAAGUCAGAUGGAUGGUGGUGGCGGUGGUGGGGAGUGAGUAGACACCCUGUGUAAGAUUUGAAAAUGCUUUAUUGUUUUUAAUAAAACAGGGUUUCUCAGAUCAA